UAUACUAAAGAAGAAGAAGCAAAAUGUAUCGUUGUGGUCGUCUUGCAUUUCAGUCAAAUGAUUAAUGUCUAUUUAUUACUAAAUAAAUAACACCGCAUUAGUAUUCAUCCACAUUUUUAUUGCUAUUGGAGCUAUUGAUCUCUACAAUAACAAAUAUUCAAGUAUUUCGAACCUAUUGGUCGUAAACAUGAUUCCAAAAAAAGCGCUAGUGAAGGAUGCGCACAUUGUAAAAAUCGCCGUGGAGUUGGAGAACCAUUUGCCGCAGUUAAUAAAUUUGGACCAACGACAACCUUUAACAGGUAAAAUACAAGAAAUCUGCAGUUGUUGGGGUAUUGUUGAUCCGGAGAACUAUGCCUUGCAGUUUUGUGAUGUAAAUAAUCAGAAAUAUGUGACAGAAAAAAAUCGCAAUGAAAUUAAAAACGGUUCAGUGUUGCGGUUGCAGUACUCACCGUCGAAAACUGCAAAUGAUACGCUGGAAUCAUUGCGUAGCGGUUCAACGGUGGAAAAGACGAAAUGUUUAAAACAGCUAGCCACCCUUAGCAAAGAUCACACUUUCGCUAUGGAAUUCAUAAAAGAGCAGGGUCUGGGUAUAAUCAUAAAUAUGAUCGAAGAUCAUGCACAAAAAGAUGACGAUAUACUCAAAUACAGCCUGGUCAGCUUUGUAGAACUAAUGGAGCAUGAUACAAUUUCGUGGGAAAUACUGCAAAGUACAUUUGUGCAACGCAACAUUUACAUAGUCUGUAAUUUUCAAGAUUUCCCCAAAGAAUGCACCCAAAGUGCGCUUUCCAAUUUAGAGAAUAUUGUGCAAAAUAGCAGCAAGUACGUGCUAGUCGAAAAGGAGGUCACUUUGCAAGAUCUUCUUCAUUUACUGCAAGAUGCCAACUCGGCCACAAUUCAGCAGAAUGCCAUUGCGCUAAUCAACGCAUUGUUCAUGAAAGCCGAUGAGGCACGCAAACGGCAAAUUGCGCAUACAAUUAGCGCCAAGCCAUUCCGGUUGGCAUUGAUUGGCAAUACUUCGGGGCGUCAAAUGGAGAUGACACACCAGUUGUAUGUUUUGCAAACACUUACUUUGGGUUUGUUAGAGCAAAGAAUGCGCAUGAAAAUGAAUGCACAAGAUCAGGAUGCACAUGAAAAAAUCAAAGAAUUGCGACGUAUUGCAUUUGAUGAUUAUUCCGGGCAAAUGGGCUUGAGUGAUGAGCAGUUGCGUCGUGGUGGUGGAGGUUCGGGUGGAGGUAAUGUGAACUUUUCGCAAUUCUACAAAAAACUCGGUUUCAAAUGUGAUAUAAAUCCGGCACAAGAUUUCAUUGAAACGCCACCAGGUAUUUUAGCUUUGGAUUGUAUGGUCUACUUUGCACGCACCUAUACGCAACAGUAUACCAAAAUCGUGCAUGAGAACUCGUGUCGCGCUGACGAGCAUGAAUGUCCUUUCGGUCGUACUUCUAUUGAGCUGGUAAAGGUACUCUGCGAUAUAUUACGCAUUGGUGAACCACCAGCCGAACAAUCUGCAGACUUUCAACCAAUGUUUUUCACACAUGACCAUCCGUUCGAGGAAUUCUUUUGCAUUUGCAUUAUAACGCUAAAUCGUACAUGGAAAGACAUGCGUGCUACGGCGGAAGAUUUUCAAAAGGUGUUCAGCGUUGUGCGUGAACAAAUAACACGCACACUAAAGGAACGUCCGGAGAAUCUGGAAGAGUUUCGUGCAAAGAUUGCUCUGCUUACUUAUCAAACUAUCACUAACUUACGUCAACAGGAACGCACAUCAAAAGAGGAAUGCGAUUCAACAGCAUCGGCUAUUGUUAAGUUGAAAGAAAAGAUUUCACCACAUAUACUCGAUCUAAUCAAACAACAGCGGCUCUCUUACUUGGUAGAAGGUACUCGAUUUUCGAAAUACUCACGCGGCACACGUUCCAAAGACAAGUUUUGGUAUGCUCGGCUCUCGCCUAAUCAUAAAGUCAUACACUAUGGUGAUUGUGAUGAAAAAACUGUGCCAACGCUUGAGGAGCUCACCAACAAAGUAGCUGUUAUCGAUAUUAAGCAACUACUGGAGGGCAAAGAAUGCCCGCAUAUGAAGGAAAUGCGUACACGCAAAAAUGCCGGCAAUUUGGCUUUCUCCAUUACGUUGGAUAGCAUGGAGAAUACAACUUUAGACUUUGUAGCCCCCGAUGAGACAACAUUUCAUUACUGGACAGAUGGUAUAAAUGCUCUGCUAGGUCAGGAAAUGGCCAGCAAACAGAAGAAAGAAGACUUUGAUACCCUACUAUCAAUGGAAAUCAAAUUGCGAUUACUGGAUACCGAAGGCGUAGACAUUAGCAAAGAUCCGCCGCCAAUACCUGAGGACCCAGAAAAUUAUGAUUUUUGUUUCGAGAGCUAGAGCAUUUUAAACUGGUCUUGCAUGUCCGUAUGUAUGUAUUAUUAUUAUUAUUAUUGUUUUUUUUUUCAAAACAUGCCAAAGUAAAGUAAGUCUAAAUUUAAUAUCAUAUAGUAAUAUGCUUUAUAUGUAUAUCGUAUUUACAGUGCCGUAAUAACACGACUUUUAUAAUAUUUUAUAUAAAGCAUACGAGUAACUAAGCCAAAAACAAAUUAAAUUUUCAUACCAUAUUGAAAUCGAACAAAAUUAUCAAGAAAAUUCUAGUAGACAAGUUCAUAUUUAAUUUGCAAUACUUUUAUAUUUUAAUAAAUUUAUUUAAGCUAAUGCCACAGUUUGCAUUCGUGGUAUAAUCAACGAUUAAA